AUGGCCACUCACCCCCUCGCGUCUCCUUCACCACCACGCGGUGCAAACGCGCCGCCGAUGCUCGAGGACGUGCCGUGCCGCAUCACGCUCCGCCGGUCGCCCGUCUCUUCUCGCAGACAUCUCCCCCCUCGUUCGGCUACCCCUGCGCGCGCUGCUGACCUCGCAAAUGCGUGA